CCAAGCUUCAGGAAGUACUUGAUACUGACAGUUUUCAAGGCGAGAUGCUUACAGGUGAAAUAACCUCAGAGAAAGAAAGGGUGCUGGUGGUGGACAGUCUUUUGGAGAGCCUUGACCAUCGUUUUGCUGAUGCCAAAACUGGGAUAUUAAAUACCCUACAGCUGCUGAGCUUCAAACUGUGGCCAGAUUAUGAUGAUUCAGGAGGUUUUGGAGAAGAUCACGUGAAAACACUAGUGGAACAUUACCAUGAUCAGCUGACCAUGCAUGCUUCGCUUGAUGAAAUCCACCCUGAAUGGAUGCUUUUGAAGGAUGUUGUAUACAGCAGGUAUAUAACCACAGAAUGAAUGAAUGAAUGUUUGUUUAACGACACCCCAGCACAAAAAUAAUCACAGAAAGGACCCAAAAGUUAAGCUGGAUUCUAGUGAACCGCCACCAUGGGGAGAAGUUUC